AUGGAACGAUCUGCAGUGGGAAAGGAAGAACUCUACAAUGUCCUUAUGAAAGAAAAUUGGAACGAUCUGCAAAAGCUGUUCCAAAGUCAUGCACAGAUUCUUGACUCCAAGAUCUGCGAUAUGGUGAUGCAGCCAAAAAAUGAGAGUCCUGAUAAUCAAAAUGGGGCAACAGAAUCUAAAACUGUUGAGAAUCCUGGUGAAGAAGAAGACGAUGAUGAUCAACACGCGUAUGAGUUCGACACUGCGUUGCACUGGGCUAUCACUAACAAGGCACCAGAAUCUAUUGCUGAGGCACUGGUUGAUCAAAUAUAUAAGGAGGAAUAUGGAAGGGGCAUGGAGAUUCUGAAAGCCAAGAAUAAACGAGGAGAUACUCCAUUGCACUGUGCUGCCUCAAGGGGCUCUAAACUCAUUUGCGAAAAAAUAACAGAUGUUGACAAGUCAUUGGUUCUUGAGCGUAACAAGGAGGGAGAGACACCUCUCUUCUCGGCUGCUCUUAGUGGCCACAAAGAGACCUUCUUUCAUCUCUAUAAAGUUUGUAGUGAGAUGGAUAAUACAGAGUCAUCCACUCAACUCUGGAGAAGAAACAAUGGUGAUACUAUACUUCAUUGUACUAUUCGGAGAAAAAACUUCGGUUAG